AUGAAUUCACGGACUCGCGAGAUCAUAAUAAACCAGAUCACUCGAAAAGCGGUAAGUACACGUUCUUACUUCCUCCUUUUCCUCUCCGUUCGCAUAUCCGUUAACCAUGCCUUUUGUGCGUUCUCCUCUGGCGUUUCGGCCUAUUGUUCCUCUCGCUAACAUGUAUUUGUCGUCACGUGAAUCGGCGCCCCGACACGGUGAUCAAUUUUUUAUGAGCGCACACCGAAAAUUCGAAAAGCACGGCGAUUUGAACCCGAGGUUAUGGUGAUCUGAGCGGUCGGAGUGGAAGCCCGAUAAUGUGUAUGUUCAAACUACACUUCACGGACUAACGAUCGUCUGCUUUGCCAUGCACGUCUCAUAGAAUCGAUAAACAUUGUGGCGAGCGCCCCCAGCUAAUAAGGGAAUCGGAGCGUCUAAUUAAAGUUGUCCCUCGCUCUCAGCCUCGUCACUCUCAGCCAGAGCCAGCCCUCAGCUUUUUCGGAGGUAAAGAACAAGAAGACGUGUUUGGGUAUAGAUGUUCACUACUGUCUAGUACUGUAGGUGUGCAAACAGCCGCCGACAAUGACAUCAAACAGGAAUCUGCAGACAGUCGGACACAGCCAGUGUUUGAGUCACAUGUCUGUCUGGGGCGCGAGACAGUGACGCAAGUGUGGAGGGAGCCGUCACGCAGACACUUGCCCGCACGGUUAUUUUUAACGGGUUUGUUUCGUUCAUAUCUAAGUUCACAAUAAUACUAGUAGAAUGUGAAGAGCUCGCAAGUCUUAUGCUAUUUUGGUGUUCGAGUGGGCCGCCCGUCAAGUCAAUUUCCCAGUAAGGCAUAGUGGGAAACUGGAACAAACAAGGGAGCGAGUAUGUUCCAAAGUAAGACACUAGUGAGCAGGAACACGCACUCUUCGCUCCAAGAACCAUCGUCACUGGACUGAACUGCCACGACUUCUCUUCUUGUUAUCAGUGCUACGAAACAAGCGCUCGUUCUGUGGCCUUUCGCUUAUUUGCUCGCGUGUCUCGUGCCCUUCCGUUUCUAGUCUCCUCAUCCGCGAAACGCAACAAACGCAACAAACGCGACAUUUCGCCCUUGGCCCUCGGAAUUCGGCGUCCGAAGACCAACGUCUCCUGCGCUCUCCCAAACGCGUCUUUGUUCCCGUCGUCCUCCUGGAACGACGCGCUCCCUCGGCGCCGUAGACACAACAGGGCGCCUCUCGCCGCAAAUGUUGCGAUUCUUGCGUCGUCUGCUGCAUACUUGCCUGUCUAGACAGACACAACCCGCCUUUUUCCCAUCCUCAAAUAGAUAAUGAUCCUUUUGGGAGAAGGGACCAAUGAGCAAACAGAAACCUAACUCCACUCUCUUUUCAGCAUAACGCCUACUUCGAACUUCUGGAUGAGAGUGAUACUGUAUCGGCGGUCUGUCCGGAAUGCUCGAAACGGAAGGGAAAGUUCAUUGGCACAACAUGCGGAGAUCAUGUGCCCAUUUGCAAGUACUGUGUGUACGUGAUGAUGCUCGCGGCGGUGAGUUCCUCUCCAUUAUUUAUAACCACGGUGCGCGGGAGCGGGGGCUAUUCAAUUGAUUCGAACGGUCCCCGACACAAACUAGACUUUAUUCGCAUUGUGUUUGCACACCAAAUCACAAUGCAAUCAAAUCAAACAGUGCGCGACGUCUGUCCACUCGGAGACCAUCAGAUCAUUCGCUAUCACUUCCCUGAGAGAAUGAAUUGCUCCAAGGGAUGAGCGGCUCACAAGAAUGUUUCUCGCCGCAGGGGGAAGCGAAUAAACUUUGGCCGUGUGGCACUCGGGGCGCGGCGGCUCGAUUCCCCACGGGUCCCGGUCGUAGUUCUGCACGCGCGUCGUCCUAAAAAUCGAAUUUGACGAGCCGCGUCUUAGCACGUCGUGAGCCUCCGGUCGUCUGGCAUUCGCUCGUUUCCGGGGGAAUGGGGCCGAAUGACGGGGACGCCAGAGACCAAUGCCGAGGGGGAAUUGCAAAUGAGAUGGGGGAGCAGCGAAACAACAACACACACACAUACAAAUAUUUACAAAGUUUAAAUUGCAGAUCCGUGAGUACCAAGGAGGUGUUCUGACUGCGAGCUGUCCUCAUUGCUACGCUCUGAUGCAUACACUAAAGAGAAUUUCUUCGGAACGCCCUCAUUCAUUGGUCAGUUUCUGCUGCAUUUACAAACGUGUCAGCGUGCUGCUCCGCUUAAUUUAAUUGAAGCUGCUGCGUAAUAUUUUGCGUUGAAAACUGAGGGAAUGAUGACUAAGCUCGUUUCAUGAUAUUCAGACGGAUUUUCUCUUCUGCUUUUUGAUAUUAUGAUCUCAGCGGCGAUUUGUGUGUGUGUGUGUGUGUUUUGGAGAGAAUAACACAGCAUAACACAGCCAAGUGAGGCGUAACUUCCGCUAAAACCAACAGAAUUCUGAUCGUGGUGGCUUAUUCACGUCACAAAACUUCACAUGAGCAUCCGGAAAUAAGAGCAUUAUUUUCAGAAGGAGAUCGAAGGGGAUGAGAAUACACCGACCCCGGAAGUUUCCCGUCCGGCUGAAAUAACAAUCUCGAUCAGUGAAUACGCUGCAUCAAUCUACCGAGAGUCGAGAGGAGGACGUGUGAACAGAGCAUACGACUCGUCGAGUUCGCUCUAG